UAUUACAUGUACGGUAUGCCGCCACGAGGCAGAGAGUCUGCAGCUAUAGGGUAGGUAGCUGCAGUCCUCCUGCGGCGUCAGCCAGCCACCGGCUCCACGACACGCGCCGCCUCACGUCACGUUGCCGCCCAAGGCCAGGCAGCUCCGGACGGAGCUCAGCCUCCUCAGUCCGCGUCCUCCUCCAUCACCACCCAUCAGCUCCGUCAGGCCGUCCCAUCGUCGCCUGCUCCCUUGGAAUCGCGCGCAAAUCCUCCGCAUUGACGAGCAUCAGCUCCAAUUCUUGUCCAUUCCGACGCAACAAUGUGGAACAUCUUCCGCUACCUGGGAGACAUCUCCCACAUCCUCUCCAAGCUCAUCCUGAUCCUCUCGAUUCACCGCAACCGCUCGGCCGAGGGCGUCAGUCUCAUCACGCAGCUCCUCUACGGCCUCGUCUUCUGCACGCGCUACCUCGACCUCUUUGACAGCAGCAAGCCCCAUCCAGCAUGGAAUGUCGUCUUCAAGACCUUUUACAUCAUCUCGAGCUUCUACAUCCUGGGCGUCAUGCAGUGGAUGUUCCCCCGCACGCGGGAGCGCGAGGUGGCAUGGAAGCUGGGCGCCGUGGUGCUGGGAGGCUCGCUGGUGCUGAGUCCCUUUGCCAUGCUCAUCUUUGAGAAGAAGGAGUUCUGGGGCUUUGUGCACUGGCUCUGGGUCUUCUCCGAGAUCCUCGAGUCCGUCUGCGUGCUGCCCCAGCUUCUGCUGCUGCGCCAGACCACCGUCCCUACCGUCAUUGACUCCUUCUACCUCUUGACCCUGGGGUCGUACCGUGCCCUGUACUGCUUCAACUGGCUGUAUCGCAAGCUCGACUCGACUGAUCCUGGUCCGGACACAGUCUCUGUCAUCUUCGGAAUCAUCCAGACCGCCCUGUACAUUGACUUUGCCUGGGUAUACUACACGCGCCAGCGUGUCAAGCUCAGGGGCGGCGGUGUGGUGGACGCUGAUGACCUGCGCAACUCCUGGCUCCUGCGCCGCAUCUUCGGACGGUUCGCACCGAGGCACAGCAACAUGGAUGACGAAGAUGAGGAGAGUGGGCCCGCGCUGGGUGGCGGCCGCAACGGAAGCCGUCCGGCCUGGGGCUCCAGGGGCAUUUCCGUGAGCGCCGACGACGGCGUCUUCGACACUGAGAGAGAUGGCCAAGAGGAGGGUGUGACAUCUGGACCCAUUGACCCGGAUGCCAGGAUGAAGGACCCAGAUGAGCUGGCUCGGGCCAUGGAUGAUGAUGACGAAGACGACACCGGUGCCUCUGGGUCGAGUAAACCGUACCGCGACGAGGCUGGCGUCGAGGCUAGCGGCGCGGGUGGCAUCAGGAACGAUGAAUGGAGGGAUUGAUCACGGCAACGAUAGAAGGAGACAGUUGAGUGUCUGUAUUUGAAUGAAAUGUUGGUCCAUGAUGUCGAGCCCUCGCCAGGUUACAGGUAUCCAAGACUGGUAUAUAUAAGGUAUACAAAAGCACAAAACGCCAGGUGGCUCACAGUCGUCCGACCGACCGGCCAGCCUCCGGCAGCAUCCCGCUGCAUGUGAAAUUUCCCACCAAAACCCACG